AUGACUUGGACUUGGGAUGGGUGGAAGGAAGUAGGAGGGAAGGCCAACAAUGGUGUCGGCCAUGGGCACGAGGCGGCGGUGGCGGCUCAGGGAGAGAGUGGGCAGAGUGUUGGAUGCCCGGAGAAUGCAGGUGCAGCUGGUACAAUUUUUGAUAGAACUUUACACAGUCUUAAAGUAAGCAAUGACAAUUACACAACACGUACGGAGACACCAUUAUUGGAUUUUCCAACAGCUCAGCUCUGGUCCAACGUUUAUGUGGAGUGUAAUGCAAAAGCUCUGGUUCCUUUGCUUUGGACAAGGGUGCAGGUAAGAGGUCAAAUAAGACUACUUGAUGGUGGCAGCAUUUGCUUUGGGUUAUCUGAUUAUCCAGUUUCGGAAUUUGAACUGGUUGCUGAAGAGCUUUUAAUAAGUGACUCCAUAAUAAAGGUUUAUGGUGCCUUCAGAAUGUAUGUCAAAAUGCUUCUCAUGUGGGAUUCUAAAAUUCAGAUUGAUGAUGGAGGUAAUCAUGAUGUUGGUGCGUCCAUGCUUGAAGCUAGAAAUCUUAUUGUUCUAAGGCAAAAUUCCGUCAUCUCUUCAAAUGGAGACUUGGGUGUUUAUGGUCAAGGACUUCUGAAGUUGUCUGGCUCGGGUGAUGUUAUUGAAGCUCAGAGGCUGUUCUUGUCACUAUUUUAUAAUAUUGAGGUUGGGCCAGGCUCUUUGCUGCAAGCUCCAGUAGAUAAUGAGAUAGGAAGCAGUUCGGCUGCUCAAGCACAUUGUGAGAGUCAAACGUGCCCAAAAGAGCUACUCAUGCCUCCUGAUGACUGCCAUGUGAACAACUCCUUGUCUUUGACAUUGCAAAUAUGUCGUGUUGAAGACCUUACUGUUCAUGGCUUAGUGAGAGGGACUAUAAUUCACAUCCACAGGGCUAGAACAGUUGUUAUUCAUACUGAUGGCGAGAUAAGUGGAACAGGAUUAGGUUGCAAAGAGGGCAUCGGUAAAGGGAAGUAUUUGAAACAUGGAGCGGGAGGAGGUGCUGGGCAUGGAGGAAAAGGUGGCUCUGGGUACUCUAAUGGAACACGAAUUGAAGGUGGCCAAGCAUAUGGCGAUGCUGACCUUCCAUGUGAGUUGGGCAGUGGAAGUGGAGGAUCCAAUGGAUUUAAUGAAAAUGGUGCAGCUGGUGGUGGAAUGAUAGUUAUGGGUUCCAUGAAGUGGCCCUUGUCCAGAUUAGAUAUUCAUGGAUUAUUGAAGGCGGAUGGCCAAAGUUACGCAACUACCAACUAUAAUGGAUCUGUGAUGAGGGGGUUCGGUGGUGGAUCUGGUGGAACCAUUCUUCUGUUCCUUCAAACACUUGUACUUGAAAAAAGUUCUAGUUUAUCAGUAGCUGGUGGAAAUGGUGGCCCUUCUGGUGGGGGUGGAGGUGGUGGGGGAAGGAUUCACUUUGAUUGGUCCAAUAUGGCUACUGGAGAUGAAUAUGUACAGUUUGCUUUUGUUAAUGGUACAAUUACGUCAAGUGGAGGGGCAGGUAAUAGUGGUGGUUAUCUGGGCGAGGAGGGAACAAUUACUGGAAAGAAGUGUCCCCAAGGUCUUUAUGGCACUUUCUGCAAUGAAUGCCCAAUUGGUACAUACAAAGAUGUUGUUGGAUCUGAACCAUUACUCUGUUCUCCCUGCUCACUUGAUUUGCUUCCCCAAAGAGCAGAUUUCAUAUAUGUACGAGGUGGGGUUACGCAGCCAUUCUGCCCAUAUAAAUGUUUAUCAGACAAGUACAAGAUGCCAAAAUGCUACACUCCACUUGAAGAAUUGAUAUAUACUUUUGGAGGUCCUUGGCCAUUUGCAAUUGUCCUCUCGUUUAUAUUGAUACUCUUAGCACUUCUUUUAAGUGCUUUAAGAAUAAAAAUGGUUGGAACUGAUUUUAGAUAUCAAACUUCAAAUCCUAUUCAAAAUGAUGGUUCAUCUUCCUUUCCAUAUCUUUUGUCGCUGGCUGAGGUUCCUGGGACUAGCAGAGUUGAAGAAACUCAAAGUCAUGUGCAUAGGCUGUACUUCAUGGGUCCAAAUACAUUCAGAGAGCCUUGGCAUCUUCCUUACUCUCCGCCAGAUGCAAUUAUCGGAAUUGUGUGGGUUCAACACCUGAUUUGAUGGUUGCAUAUAUUGACUUUUUCCUGGGUGGUGAUGAAAAACGCCUAGAUGUAGCAUCGACUAUGAUGCAGAGAUUCCCAAUGUGUAUUAUUUUUGGUGGCGAUGGAAGUUACAUGUCACCAUAUCAUCUCCAUAGUGACAUGUUAUUGACAAAUCUUCUUGGCCAGUAUUUAUCUACAGCUAUCUGGACUAGAUUUGUUGCUGGAUUAAAUGCUCAUUUGCGAACUGUAAGACAAGGAAACAUUCGUUCUGCUUUAGUCCAUGUUAUAUUAUGGAUCAACAGUCACGGAAAUCCACAGCUUGAGCCCCAUGGUGUUAGGAUUGAACUUGGUUGGUUCCAGCCAACGGCUUCUGGCUAUUACCAAAUAGGAAUCGUAGUUACCGUUAAUGAACAAUUUUUCAAAAAUGUGCAUCAUGCAGAUAUCUUGGAUACAAGGAAAAAUCUCCCAGUUUCUCGUAAGAGCACUAAACAGAUUCAGCAGACCCAAACUUCAGUUAACCCAACAAUUUCACGCAAGAGAUUGACUGGAGGAGUGAAUGGAGGUGUAGUAAAUGAAGCAACAUUGAAGUCCUUGGAUUAUAGAAGGGAUUACCUGUUCCCAUUUUCUCUUCUAUUGCAAAACACAAGACCCAUCGGUCUCCAGGAGACCAUGCAGCUGCUCAUCUGUAUGAUGAUCUUGGCUGAUUUCACCAUCACCCUUCUAACGUUGGUCCAAUAUUACUGGAUUUCCUUGGGGGCUUUCCUUGCUGUCUUGCUGAUUCUCCCAUUAUCUUUGCUAUCACCCUUUCCUGCUGGGCUAAACGCUCUCUUCAGUAGAGGGCUUCGACGGUCUUCACUGGCCCGAAUUUAUGCAUUGUGGAAUGCUACAUCAAUGUCAAACUUGAUUGUGGCCUUUGUUUGUGGGAUUGUAUAUUGUGGAUUUUCUUCAUCUGAGACGGCUGCCGGGCAACAUACAUCAACCAUAAGACGGGAAGACAAUGAAUGGUGGAUUCUGCCAACCAUCUUACUUCUAGUCAAGUCAUUCCAAGCGGGCUUAAUCAAUUGGCAUGUUGCAAACCUGGAGAUUCAAGACUCCACUGUAUAUAGCCGUGAUCCAGAGAAAUUUUGGGCAAUAUGAGUGAGAUUGGGCCCUUAUUUCGCACUAUAGUUUGCUCUAUAUGUAUAUAUUUAUAUAUGUCAUUCUUGUAAAUUCCUUGCCCUGGCCUGUUUUUGUAAUGGUCUUCCAGGAAAGUUCCAGAAAGAAAGAAAGAAAGAAAAAAAAGGGAAUACAAGAGAGAUUUCAUGAAUUCUGAAUCUUCAUCUCUGAUUGUCUCCUUUGUUUACUUGAGGUAAUUGAUAUCUUUGGCUUAGAGUUCUAUAAGGAAGAAUGGAUUGAUCAUUUUUAUACCGAAUGCAACUUUCAGUGACCAUUUCCUGAUGUAUUUUGCUUAAAUUUUAUUAACUUUAUUAGUCAUUUCUCACUCCUUAUUUUAA